UACUCUCUAUAAAUAGAGAGGGAUUCUCAACACGUUCAUCAACAACCCUAGUGCAUACAUAUUAAUAGUUACACAGUUCAAGAGACAAAAAAGGGAUCGCCUUAUAGCGAUUUGAAGUUCCAAAGAAAGUCUCUUCUACUUCUUAGUCUUUUGGUGAUCAUCCGCUAGCUUGCCCAAGCAUGGAGGGGUACCCAUUGGAGGCAUCAACUAAAGCUUUGGCUUUGGAGAGGCCAGGGUCCUUCGACCCUGUGGAGGCCAUUAAACAUGGCUUCCUCCACUUCAAGAGGGAGAAAUUCGACAAAUUCCCUGAAUUCUACGAAGAACUAGCCAAAGGUCAGAAUCCCAAGUUUAUGGUCUUUGCAUGCUCGGAUUCUCGAGUCAACCCGUCCCACGUCCUCAAUUUCCAUCCCGGCGACGCUUUCUCUUUCAGAAACAUAGCCAACAUGGUCCCACCUUAUGAUCAGACUAGGUACUCCGGAGUCGGGGCUGCCCUCGAAUAUGGAGUAAAGCACCUCGGGGUAGGGUUGUACCGCUGUUCAGAGUUGAACUGUAAAACGAACUUAACAGUUGAGUGCAUUCUUGUAUUUGGGCACAGUCUCUGUGGCGGCAUAGAGGGCCUCAUGUCCCUUCCGGCCGAUGGGUCCACAUCCACUGAUUUCAUCCAAGAUUGGGUCAAAAUUGGUUUACCUGCCAAAAACAAGGUCCUAGCAGAACAUGAAAAUGAGCCAUUCCCGAUUCAGUGUAAACACUGUGAGAAGGAGGCAGUGAACACAUCGUUAGCGAACCUGCUGAGCUACCCUUUUGUCAGGGACAGGUUGAUAAAGGGGACUCUGGCACUGAAGGGGGGCUACUACGACUUUGUCCACGGACGUUUCGAUCUCUGGGGGCUCGAGUUCAGGGUCCAUCAUGACCUCUCCAUAUGAAAUCUCUGCUAAUUUCGUCGGAUAAACUUUCUUUGCUUGCUGUGUGUCUUUAGUAUCCUCCUGCAAUAAGAAGUGACACAGAUCACUUCAAUGUGCUGUUGUUCCUCUGUUUCUAGAAUGAAUGAAAUAAAGCCACUAGCUAUCUUGUUUUCCACUUACAA